CCGUUGAGUCAGUUGCCUGGGGCAGAACCGGAAACACUCUAGCUUGAGGAAGUCGCUCUCUAUGACUCCGGCUAUCCACGCAGGCGCAGUGGAGUGCACGCGCCCCCCGUCGCCACCCGCCGCCUUCGCGGCCUAUGUUUAGGUGCCGACGCCGCCGACGCUGCCGUCUCCUGAGAACCGCUUCCCGGCUCCAUGUUCCCGGCGUGGGGUUUGUACGGGGCGGCCCCUGGGCCUUACCCUCCCCCGCCCACCAUGAUGCCUCCGCCGCCAAUGGCCGGGCCUCCUCCGGCCGUGCUUCCCAGCGCCAUGCCGCCGCCACCUCUGGGCGGCUACGCGGCUUCAUCGGCGACUCCUGGUGCCGGUACGGCCGCCGCCGGCACGUCCGGCUUCCUGAGCCUGCAGGAGCAGCACUUGGUCCAGUUGCAACAGCUCCAGCAAAUGCACCAGAAGCAGCUGCAGUCGGUGUUGUUAGGCGGGCCUCCUCCUCCACCCGGCGGGCCUCCCCCGAGCUUGCCGCCGCCCCUGCCUAGCGCCGCUCCCGCCGCCGCUUCCUGGAAGCCAUGUCAAGGAGCCGCCUCGGGAUGA